AUGAAGAAGUCUAAUCAAUCGGUUGGAAAUCAUAAAGGGCCUAACGAAUUGGUUGGAAAUUAUGAAGAGUCUAGCAACUCAGUUGAAAAUUAUGAAGAGUCCAGCAACCCGGUUGGAAAUUGUAAAGAGUCCAGUGAAUCAGUUGGAAAUUGCGAAGAGUUCAGUGAAUCGGCUAAGAACUAUGAAGGGUUCAGCAAAUCAGCUGGGAACUGUGAAAGGUUCAGUGAAUUGGUUGGGAACUGUGAAAAGUCUAGUAAUUCAGUUAGAAACUAUGAAGUAUCUAGUGAAUCGGUUAGAAACUAUGAAGGAUUAAGUGACUUGGUUAGAAAUCGUGAUGAUAACGAUAAGUCUGGUCAAUAUUUUGGUGAAAAUAAUCUUUUAGAUUUUGGAGACAAAGAUUUUGAUAUGUAUUAUGAUAAUUUAGAAAUAGAAAACUAUUCUAACUCCUGGCUUUAA